CAGGCUUAGAAUUAAAAAUAGGUCGUUCUCUAUAUUCUAUUUCAGAUGACUUUCGCGGGAACUACUCCAACUCUGCCUAGCUCUUUAGGGUCAUGCAUGACCUAAGCGCGUGACGACAAGCAAAAACAAUUUUCAUCGAUCAAAACUACUAACUGCGGGAGAUUUCCGCGCUCGCCAAAAUGGGACCGUUCGAGAUGAAGCUAGAAGGCACGAUGGUGCGUGCAACUGUACAUUUAAAGACCGUUGAUCGUAAGGCACUGACAAUCCCUGUUCAAGUUUGACCAGAUUUAUACACGUUGGUGUCUGUAAGCGAAGAUGAAUGUUUGACUAUUCUAAUGUGAAGCCUAUUGUCAACAUAUCAUGCGAUUGUUAUAAUAAUCGAUGCACGGUGUAAAAUGAAUUGAUGGAGACACUAGGUCGUGAGUGCAACACGAAGCCGAAGCGCAUGAAUGAAAUUUCAUGUUGUUGAUAGCCUGGGUACGUAGAACUCACGAGAUUGCGUUUUGAGCCAGGAUUACCCGUAGCUAGUCGAAUAACAGCCGCAUUUAACGUUGUCUACAAAAAACGUUGAUUACAAGUUUCGAAAGCCCCCGAAGCAAAGCAGCCGCCUAAACUGGGUUGUCAAAGUCGUGGCGAUUGGGCUGGUGGUGACUUGUCGGAUCGAUGCUAUGAGUGCGACGAAGUCGGGCACAAGCACAAGAAAUGAUCCAAGAGGCAGGGAUCGUCAGAUUCAUUAGUGUUUUUUAUGCCCAUGGUUUUGGCUCGAGAAGCACGUGGAUGCCCAAAGUGGUGCUUGUUUCGACAUAUCAUUUGAUUUUUCGUUUUUCGGUUAAUCGGAUUUGGCUAAACGUGCUUGUGACAAGCGAGAGCACUAACCAGUUCGCGGUCUUAAACAAGUCAAUCUUGUGCUGGGGAUCGGAAACAUCGCGCUUGUAAUAAACAUGCUCGAAAUAAGGUCGACGUUACUGUCAUCGCUGCAUCGUCUCGAAAAACCCAGGCGGGCCAAGUCGUGUUGAGGACUGUGAUUUGUAGACGCUUGUGGUGUCAAGGACGAUUGCCCUCUAUCGACGAUUUCUAUCUGUGUACAGUCGCCCAAAUGUGAUUGGUCUGACUACUUUUAAAUAGUCACUCAUUGAUGGCGGGAAACAUUUCCCACAGCCUGUCAAAACCGCUAAAAAGACGGUGAUUGAAGAUGGCAACAUCCAAUUUAACAAAUUCUUGACCAUUCAAUGGAAACCCUGUACCCGCCAUCAUCACAUCUUUGAGAACCUCAUUAACAAAGAGUCAAUCUCACGUCAGCUUGAUUCGACUUGUGCCACAUCAAGUACCUCGUCCCUCGCCCCGUAUUAGAUCUCCUCAUCACCUGAGCAUGAGCUUUUAUCGUGAAUAUCCUUGUCUUGACCGAGAAGAAUAAAUUGACUCGAUUUUGGUGCUCGAUCUGCGCUCGCUCUCUCCGCUGCCAUCAGCCAGUGCCUUAUCUGCACUCCUUUCAGCGCCAGAAACCGUGUUAUCGAGAGGAACCUGCCUUCAGUGAUCAUCAUCCUGCUUGUGACAAUGAUUCGGAUACAAGGCGUCCCGAUCUCAAACGCCCUUACACCACCGAAGACUAUGAAAAAAUUUUCUCUGAUUUUGUAGUUAUCUCAGACACACAAAUGAGCAAUGAAAUCUAUUGAUGCUCCUCGGAAGGAAAAUUGGUCCGUUUAGAACUCUGUUCUCAGUAUUUCCCAGUGAUACUGGGAUGUGGUUCGACGUCUACAUGGUGCCGAAAAAAGGCGGUUAUAUCCUGCGACAUCAACGAUUAGAACAUUUCCAAGGUAGCUAGCUGGCAGCGGUCAUCGGAAGUGUAAAGCUUCGAUGUAAAAUGAGAGGAAGCUCGAAGGGCAUUUUUACCGAGUCUCGGAUGUGAAACUGGUACUCUUGUGUAAUGGGUUUCUACAUUCAUCGACAGCAAGCUAUAAACAAUUCACAGAGGUCCUUCAAAGA